AUGUCGACGAACGCCGUUCCGGAAAUCUUGUGGGCUCAGCGCAGCAGUGCCUCGGUCCCAGAGAAAAAUGUGAUUAUGCUCACCAUCAAUGUGCCCAACAUGACGGCAGAGGCCACCAAGUGUGACCUAACAAACACUGGCUUGCAUUUCGAGUCGACCGUCCAAGGUGACGCCUCUAAGGGUAUCGAGGGUAACAAGUUCACAUUUGACGUCGAAUUUUAUGAGAACAUUGUACCUUCCGAGUCGAAGCAGCAUUUAACAUCAAAAUACCUGUACUUGGUUCUGCGCAAGGAGAAGGCACAAGAUGAAUAUUGGCCACGUCUGACCAAGGACAAGGUUCGGCUACACAAUGUGAAGACAGACUUCGACAAGUGGGUUGAUGAAGAUGAACAAGACGGAGAGAUGAAUGCUGGCGAUGAUGCGGGCUUCGAUCCCAGUAUGCUUGCUGGUGGUGGCGCCGGUGGUAUGGACCUUAACUCCAUCAUGUCAAGUCUUGGGGGUGCCGGCGGCUCGCCUGACUUCGGUGCCAUGGGCGGAGACAUGGAUGCCGGCGAUGAUGAUGAUGACGAGGAUGACAAAGGGUCAGAAGGAAAGAAUCCAAAAGUCGAAGAGACUGCUUGA